AUGUAUUCAGAGAUGAUGUUAGGGGGGGGGGUGUUGGGUGUGAUUCUGUAUGGGGUGUACCGGCCGAUGUACAGGUGGUCCGUGAUGGUAUUAUUAGUGUAUACGGGCGGAUUGGUAGGGGGGUAUGCGACCGCGGACUAUUGCGGAUUCGUUAAAGAAGCUAAAGAUAGCUUAUACAUGGUGGGGGAUAACGAGUGGGUAUGAGUAUUGCAAAUAAUAGCAGGAAUAGGGUUAAUAGGGAUAGUAUUAAUGGGGGAGCGAAGGGGAGUAGAAUUGGUGCUAAUGAUGGGGUUGGGGACGGUGUUGUUAAUAGCGUCCGUGAAUUGGUUGUCAAUAUAUUUAGCAAUGGAGUUGCAAACAUUGUCACUGUUCAUCUUGGUGGCAUUAAAAAGAGAGAGUGCAUACAGUACGGAGGCGGGGUUGAAGUAUUUUGUAUUAGGGGCAAUAUCUACCGGUUUGUUUUUACUUGGGUGCGCAAUGAUAUACGGUGGAUCAGGAGAAAUGAGUGUACUAGCGGGAAACACAAUAUCCGAAACAAUCAAUCAAUGAUUGAUCAGAGGGGGAGUGGGGAAAGCCCUAAUAACAAUAUCAUUGUUAUUUAAAAUAUCUGCGGCACCGUUUCACAUGUGGGCCCCCGAUGUUUAUGAGGGGGCCCCUACAAUCACUACUGCGUUAUUGGCCACAGUCCCGAAAAUUGGUGUAUUCGCAAUUUUAGUGCAAAUAGGGUCUUUGUCUAAUAUAGUUUUUAUUAGUGCGACAAUGUCAAUGAUAUGGGGGGCAUUGGGGGCUUUAAAUCAGAGUAAAAUAAAAAGAUUGUUGGCCUAUAGUGGAAUUGGCCAUAUGGGGUUUGUUAUAUUCGGGGCAGGUAUGGGGACAAUGGAGAGUAUCCAAGCCAGUUUGAUCUAUAUGGCGAUAUAUGUGGCAAUGUCGGUAUGUGUGUUUAGUAUAAUAUUGACCAUAAAUGAGCGGAGGGGAUUGGUGGCAGACUUCCAUUCUUUGUCUAGAAAAAAUGCCAUUUUAGGUGGGAGUCUGGCUUUAGUUUUUUUGUCUAUUGCGGGGGUGCCGCCAUUGUCGGGUUUCUUGAGUAAAUGGUUUAUUUUAUGGGCGGGGGUGUCGAAUGGGUAUUAUCUAAUAUGUGUAGGGGCCGUGCUUAGUUCGGUGGUGGCGGGGGUAUAUUAUGUGCGGAUAGUUCAGAUGACAUACGCGGAUUUUCAGGGGGAAUUGGCGCGAGAAGGGCCGAUAGAUAUAAAAAGAUCGAUAUUAAUAGGAAGCACAUUGUAUUUGGUUUUAUUUAUAUUGAUUUGUCCGAAUUUUUUGUUGCAGGUAACGUAUGAUGCGGCCGUAGGGCUUUGGGUUCACGUAUAA